GAUUACAUCACACAUGGGGCAGAUUAGUCUACUACCAUCAAGAACGCAAAUAUAACACCUAUAUUUUCCACUUCAGUGCAAAGUGAUACCCACAUGAAGCUGUGAAAGAGGAAGUGCAAGCACUACUAAGGGGCUAAACCAGACCACUUUAUGUUAAAUACCAUCAUCAACACUGAGGAGAACUUCAGUAGAAACCUUCUGAACAGCAUCAUGAUCGUCUCCGUGCUUUUGCUAGUCAGCCUGCUACCAUAUCCGACCCUUCCAUCAUCUGUGAAUGUGGGUAUAGUGAAUGGCACAGAAGCCAGACCUCAUUCAAGACCCUACAUGGUUUCUAUACAAAGAAAUAACAAACACAUAUGCGGUGGCUUCCUUGUGUCUGAACAGUUUGUCAUGACGGCUGCACACUGCUUUAAAUUAGGAGAGAAGCUGACAGUUGUGGUUGGAGCGCAUGAUCACAAUCAUGGUUCUAGCCGCAUGGAUGUCAAGUUCUACCACAUCCACCCGGGGUAUGAGUCUAAAAGUCUGCUAAAUGACAUCAUGCUACUUCAGCUAAAUGUAAAGGUGAAAACGGACAACAAAAUCAACUGGAUCUCCAUACCAAAGAAAGAUAAGGACAUCAAGGCCAAAGCCAAAUGCAGUGUUGCAGGAUGGGGUAAAAAAACCACCAAUGGUACAGCGAGUGCUAAACUUAUGGAGGUUGAUGUCACAAUCAUUGAUAAAAAAGCAUGUCAGAAGUACUGGGGGAAAACAUACUCCACCUCAAGGAUGGUGUGUGCAGGUGGACCUGGAGGAUUUUGUCAGGGUGAUUCUGGAGGACCUUUGGUGUGCAACAAAGUUGCAGUUGGUGUCGUUUCAUUCAAUCAGCCAAACAACUGUGACUCACCAACAUUACCCAAUGUCUACACCAAGAUUUCCAAAUUCCUGCCUUGGAUAAAUUGUAUUUUUGGAGGUGUGAAGCAAGAGCUUGAUUAAUAAACAUUUUAUUUCCUAACGACACAC